GAGAGGCGAGGCGAGGCGCCGGCUCUUCCUCCUCCUGCAUCCCCAUCGGAGCCUCCAUCGGGAAGCAGAUCAAGCCAAAGAGGAGGAGGAAAAGGAGGAGGAAGAUCGCAGCCAUGGAGGAGCCCGGCGUUUGAUGGCAAGACGGAGAGAACCAGGGAGCAAGCAAGGAAGCCCAGUGCUUGGGCGCAUGGCCAUCCCUUGCCUUGAAACCCCCCAGCCCCCCGGAGCCCAUAAGCCGCCACUGGGGUGGUCAUCGGGCCAGGUGGGAUGGCUGCGUCGGGACCCAUGGAAAGUGACUGUUGCAUUGACCAGGGAAUGGUGGCCCUGAAUGGAUGUGAAUCUGGAAUGUCAAGGAGAGCUGGAAGAAAUGAUCCGACUAAUGAAAAUGGAUCUGAGGAAGCUGGAGCAGGUCUGGCUGUGAAGUUGAUGAUCGUUUGAAAGUGGCUUGUAUAUCUUACCAUGGAAAGGCUGGUCCUCUCCCUGCUGGUUAUGGGCACUGUGGUGAAGGCCAUGGUGUGUCCUCCACGCUGCAGAUGCCAGGCUCUCUCCCCUUCAAUCACCAUCCUCUGCACCAAGACAGGGCUGCUUUUUGUCCCUCCUAGCAUUGACCGGCGGACGGCUGAGCUCCGUCUGAUGGACAACUUCAUCACCAGCCUGCGGCGGAGGGAUUUUGCCAACAUGACGAACCUGAUUCACUUGACCUUGUCCAGGAAUACAAUCAGUCAGAUCAUGCCUUACACCUUUUUUGAUCUCAAAGGCCUUCACGCAUUACACCUGGAUAGUAACCGCCUGACCUCCAUUGGCGAGGAUCACUUCAAAGGGUUAAUCAAUCUUCGCCACUUGAUCCUGAGUAAUAACCAAUUACACUACAUUUCAUCUGGGUCUUUUGAGGAUUUCAUUGACAUAAUUGAGGAUCUGGAUCUAUCCUAUAAUAACCUUGUUCAUGUUCCUUGGGAAACGAUUGGGAGGCUUUCAAAUGCCAACACGAUCAGCUUGGAUCAUAACCUCAUAGAUUUUGUACCAGAAGGAAUUUUCUCAGAACUUCACAAACUGGCUCGGCUGGACAUGACCUCCAACAAAUUGAAAAAGAUCCCCCCUGAUCCCCUCUUUUCCCGCAUCCCUGUCUAUGCCAAGCCAAAGGGAUCCCCUUUGUCCUCCUUGGUGCUGAGCUUUGGGGGGAACCCCUUGCACUGCAAUUGUGAACUCGUGUGGCUGCGGCGUCUGACCAGGGAAGAUGAUCUGGAGACAUGCGCCUCCCCUCCAGAACUGAUGGGUAAGUACUUCUGGACCAUUCGAGAGGAGGAGUUUGUUUGUGAGCCUCCCAUGAUUACUCACAAGACCCCCAAGCAGGUGGUCAUGGAAGGAGAGAGCGUUUCCUUGAAAUGCAAAGCUGUAGGUGACCCAGAGCCAUACGUCCGCUGGAUUUCACCUGUGGGGAAGCUAGUCUCCAACACUUCCAGAACGGUUUCUUAUGAGAAUGGGACUCUGGAUAUUUUGGUGGCUUCUGUGGAGGAGAAAGGGGAGUUUACUUGCAUUGCAUCCAAUGCUGCUGGGGUCUCCACUGCCCCCGUUGAACUCUCCGUCAAACCUUACCCUCACCUGGCUAAUAGUACCAACUGCGAUAAGGAAGCUGACCCAGGACCCUCAGACAUUCUUAUUUCUGCCAAGUCGAGCUUCCCCAAUGAAACCAAAUCUCACCAAGAGAGGAAGGUGGUGGUGGUUGAGCUGACCUCUUCCUCUGCUCUCAUCCAGUGGCCUUCCCAGCACCACAUCCCAGGAAUACGAAUGUUCCAGAUCCAGUACAACAGCUCUGCUGAUGAGAUCUUGGUGUACAGGAUGAUUCCAGCUGCCAGCAAGUCCUUCUUCUUGACAGAUCUGGUUGCUGGGCGUGACUAUGACCUUUGUGUCCUUGCUGUUUAUGAUGAUGGCGUGACGUCUCUGACAGCAACCAUGGUGGUUGGAUGUGUGCAGUUCACCACAGAGGAGGAAUAUCGGCAGUGCCGCUCCCUCCAUGCCCAGUUCCUUGGUGGGACUAUGAUCAUCAUCAUUGGAGGCAUUAUCGUGGCAUCUGUUUUGGUCUUCAUCUUCAUUCUUCUGAUGAAAUACAAAGUUUACACCAACCAUCACAAAAACAAAACCACAAAAGUGACCAAUGUUUGUUCUCAGACCAAUGGCAGCCAAAGCGGCUCUGUCGCCCACUCCAGCUCCAAGCUAGCAGAGGGGCUGCAGCGGGAAUGUUCGGGGCUGCCCCAGAGAGGCAAAAGCGUCCUCAGUCUGGAGUGUGAACGCGGCACACCGACGGAGGUGACGGGCCCUUUACGAAGUGAAGCCUUCUCUCAGUAGCCACGCUGAGCCCCUAAAGAGUGUGGCCCCAAACUGAAACUGGUUGUGGUUGCAUUUUAAGCUUCACUACUAUUGUCUAUUUUUAAGAUCAGAUGGUUUAAAAACUAUUUUUUUAAUCUGUAAAAGCUCUUGCAUUCUUAACUAUUUUUGUUGCACAAUAUUAAAUAUAAAGUGUGUGAUUUGCAAGGGUUUUCUUUUAAAAUCAUUCUUAGAUAACAUACCUUAGCAGUCAGGUUUGGAUCGGUGCCGG